AUGACGACUCGUAAUACGGCUCGACGCGUGUUGCGCAGUGACACAGCACCUGCACGUCGUCUCUGGGAGUUGGAUAGCGGAAAUCGUGAGGAUAGCGCUUCUGGUGCCAUGAACCGUGGUCGACCUGAGCCACAUCAACGGUUUACCCAGCGGGAGACUGGAAUUACAGAUUUGAGGCGUGAAUUUACUGCUGCACAACAGGCACUUCGAGUUAAAGCUACAACAGAGCUUACAAAUCUCAACAGCAACAUCGGAACGGAAAUGACUGAGAUAAAAAGGCAACUUGCAAAUCUGGUACAGUACAAGCUAUAUCCGAACAUGUCAGCCACGUUAAACCAGACCCAAGCAACCGCAACAGCAGCUCAACAGAUUGGCGGAGAAGAUCGUACUAGAACACAGCACACUGUUGCACCUGUCGUUUCGACCGCACCUGACCCGCAUCAGCCAAUUGGGGUUGGCACAGCGGACGUAGCCAUGGCGUCCGUACCGGGUGCCCCGACAAUCGCCGGCUUCACCACAUUUACGCAAGAUGGACGUGAGUCCGCCAAGUUUCGAGGUGAGAUGAUUCGAGAGUUCCGCGAGCCCAAUUUCCAGGCUAAAGUGCGCAACCAGCUAUUGAGAUUAAAGCAGACUGGAGCAUAUCACGGCUAUGUGAAUAAGUUGUGGGAGUUGCAUCGCGUAGUGGAGCUCGACGAAUUAACUGCGAUCAAUAUUUUCGUGACCGGACUGACUAAUACGAAAGUAAGGCUGGCCAUCCAGCGCAAGCAGCCAACCACGCUUACAGCAGCUGCUCAAGAAGGAUUUCUUAAGUGGGAACUGCAAGAAAAAGCACCUUCAGCCAACCAAAGCAAUGCCAGCAGUGGUGCUUCGGGCCAGAAACCAAAUAAUGGCAAAAACAUGCGUAAUUACGUGAAAGGCGGCAAUGCUUCUGGAGAAACAGCGCAGGGUACAAAAGCUUUAGCCGAGAAGAAAUCACGCAACUUGCAGCGCUAG